AUUCAAAAUGAUCAGAAUAAAAAUCAAAACAGUUCUAUUCUUAACAUUACUUGAAAUAUUCUUGGUGGCAACAACUGCCUUCGAAGAGACGUGUGAAUUCGACCGAGAAAUGGAAAAAAAGUGCCGGAUUCAUAAUUAUAAAACCGUGAAACCAUUGCUAGAUUAUUUUAGACAGGUUAGAAAUGAGUUAGAAGAUAAAGAAAUUAAGGAAAAUAAGUUAAUUGAAUUAAAUUCGGAUCUUAUGGAAAAAUAUCAUAAAAUUGUUGAAAUUCACGAAAAAUUCACGAAGGAGGCAGCUCUAUUAGAUGAGUAUAAAAACAAACUUUUGAAAGCGGACAACGAUUUGGAAUUGUGUCAAACUAAUAUCUAUAGACUUGGAUAUAGGGUUAAUUUACAACAAAAUCAAAUAAAGGAAGAAUUAAUAUAUAAAGCCAACAUCAUAGCAAAUUACCAGCAUCAAUUAGAUACUCUCAACUCUAGGUUAAAUGAAAAAGAUGAAUUUAUAAAGAGUUUUAAUGUAGAUACCCAAAGCAUCACAGAACAAGAGAUAAUAAUUGCAACGAAAGUAGAGAAGAGUCAAACUCAGCAAUUAAUGAAAGAUGAAGAUAAUCAGUUAUGUCAAUCUCAAAAUGAUAACUUAAAUGCCACUUCUUGCAUUCCAUUUGGGGAUUCAAAUGUUCAUCAACUCAAUAUCUCUGGGAUAGGUUGCUUCGAUGUUUUAUGCGAUAGUCAGUUAGCUGGACCUGGAUGGAUUGUAAUACAACAAAGAGUUGGGGGAAAUGACAGCUUUGAUUGGAACUGGGCAACCUACCGCGAAGGAUUCGGUUCCAUGGAUAGCGAUUUUUUUCUUGGAUUAGAAAAAAUACAUCGUAUCACGAGCUUGCAGCGUUUCGAACUGUAUAUACAUUUGGUUGAUAACGACGGCAGCAUCUACUUCGCUCAUUAUGACGACUUCAAAAUAUCUGAUGAGGACAAUGGAUACGCUCUGAGCUUGGGUAGUUUUAAUGGAACUGCGGAGGAGGAUGCGAUGAGCAACGGCGAAAACAUGAAAUUCUCAACAUUUGAUCGCGACCACGACAUUGUUGAUAGUAAUUGCGCAGUUGAAUACAGAAGUGGCUGGUGGUACAAGGAUUGUUAUAAUUGUAACUUAAAUGCACCAUAUGGACCAAACCUAAAUUGGUGGGUGAAAAAUAAAAUCGAACUUAUUGAAGCUAAGAUGCUAAUUCGCCCGGCCGUUGAAGAAGUGAGCAUCUAAAGAGCUGAAACUCCGACAUUUAUCUUUUUUAAUCACUUAUAACAUAUGUAAUGGUGAACUAUGAAUUUGCUUUCCUAUUAAUUAUUCGAUCGACUUUUUAAACAAGCGAUUUAUUUGUUGAAUGCCUCAUUGAAAGAGAUUUGUUUCUAUUGUAUCAUAUAGUUUGUAUACAAAUUGGUGUAGUAAAUUAUAAGUCCUUAGAUAC